GGUUUGGUGUGAAUUGAAAUACUUGCAUUUCAUUCAUCACCUUCUUCCACAUUCAACCUUUCAAAGCCUUUAUAUAUUGCACCUAUCUACAUUUUUUCAGCCAACGCACCCCAGCAUAAGCCAUUUGUUAUGGCACUUUCCGCCAUAUUCCAAGACAGUUUUUCUCUCAAAAAGGGCCUUGUGGCUGUUCUUGUCUUCAUCAUAACACGCUAUGUCGUCCGUUGUCUCUUCGGGAAAUCAAGGCCCCCGCUCCCUCCAGGGCCAUGGGGGUUCCCCAUCGUCGGCGCCCUGCCCCUCAUAGGCAGCAAGCCGCAUGUCAGCUUUGCCAAAAUGGCCAAAAAAUACGGGCCUAUCAUGUAUCUGAAAUUCGGAAGCCUAGACAUGGUGGUGGCAUCAACUCCGGAAGCAGCCAAAGCCUUCCUCAAAACCCACGAUCUGAAUUUCUCCAGCCGUCCGAUCGAUACAAGCGUCCACCAUUUUGCCUAUGAUGGACAAGACAUGGUUAAUGCUGAAUAUGGACCAAGGUGGACAUUGUUGCGGAAAGUGUGUAACACUCAUAUGUUUGGUAGUAAGGCUCUCGAAGAUUGGGCUCAUAUUCGUGUCUCUGAGGUCGGCCUGAUGCUUCAGGAUAUGCUGAAGGCUAGCAGGAAAGGCGAGCCGGUGUUGAUGCCGACAAUGUUAUCUUAUCUCACGGCGAAUGUGAUCGGCCAGGUGGUGCUCAGCCGUCGGGUUUUUGCAUCAAACAGCUCGGAAUCGAAUGAGUUUAAGGUUCUGGUGGUGGAGAUGAUGAAAUAUGCAGCGGUUUUAUUGGUUAAGGACAUUAUCCCGGCCUUGGGUCUCUUGGAAGGAGGAACUGAAAAGAAAAUGAGGGAAUUACACAUACAGGUCGAUGCAAUGAUAACGAAGAUGAUUGCCGAACAUAUUGCCACCAGUCAGGAGCGUAAAGGACGCCCUGAUUUGCUUGACGUUAUUUUAACUUACCGAGACAAGCCAGACGGCGAGAGACUAAGCACCGAAAACAUCAAAGGACUCCUCCUGAACUUAUUUGUGGCCGGCACGGAUGCAUCAUCGAGCGCAGUUGAAUGGGCACUGACAGAGUUGUUGAAAAAACCAACAAUUUUCAAGAAGGCACAGGAGGAGAUGGAUCAAGUAAUCGGAAGAGGCCGAAGACUUGAAGAAUCAGACAUCCCAAAACUCCCCUACCUACAGGCCAUAUGCAAAGAGACAUUGAGAAAACACCCAUCAACCCCGCUCAACCUCCCUCGGCUCGCAUCCGAAGAUUGCGUUGUAAACGGUUACUUCAUCCCCAAAAACACUCGGCUCCAGGUUAACAUUUAUGCCAUCGGCCGCGACCCCGACGUGUGGGAGAACCCAUUAGAGUUUACUCCAGAGCGGUUUUUGACAGAGAAGAACAAGAAGAUCGAUCCAAGAGGAAACGACUUCGAGUUGAUCCCAUUUGGAGCAGGAAGAAGAAUUUGCGCCGGUGUGAGAAUGGGAAUGGUUCAAGUUGAGUACGUUUUGGGAAGUUUGAUUCACGCGUUUGACUGGAAACUACCGGAGGGAGUUAAAGAGUUAGACAUGGAAGAAAUUUUUGGUCUCACACUGCACAAAGCUGUGCCUCUUACGGCUAUGGUUUCCCCACGGCUAGCCCCACAUGCUUAUGUUUAAUUACUGAUCAUCAUCAAGCUCUAUAAGUAUUCUGCCUCAAAUCGUUAUUUUUAUCAGAAAGAUCAUCUCACCUUUUUCCUGCGUUUAUUCUUUCUGCUUUUUCUCCAUAAUAAUUUAUAAGUGCUUGUACUCGAUCUUGAAUUUCCUAGUAAAAAUAAUAACAUGCCCAUGUUCUCCCUCACUCAUACGAGGAACUCAAA